CUCUAAAUAUUAAUCGACAAUGAGUAGUGGAGUUCACAGCCCUUACUACCUAGUGUGGAUGGAUUCUUGUCUACAAGAAACACUUCUACCAGGCUCUCCAUGGACCAAGAUCAGAGAUGCUAUGAACAAAAGUUUGGCCACUAAAGUGCAAAUAUUUUGCAAGAAUUCACAAAUUGAGAAGGUUCAGCCUUUGUUGGAAUUGCUCGGAAAGCAGUUCAUGGAGAGAUAUCUUCCUGAUAUGUACAUGUCACAUCACAACCAGAGAAUCCUAGGCACACCAAGUUCAUCUGAAUCCCUUAAAACAGAAGCACAGGCUUGGCUCAAAACUACACUUCAAGAGAUCGCAGGCAGCCUUCAUUUACACUGGAGGGAUGACAGAGAUGCUGUGUCUCGUGACAUGUUGGAGUUUGUAGGUUUUGCACAGCAAGCAGUGUACAGAGGGAUGGAAAGAGAACUUGCCACGGUGGAAAAGCAAAGUGCCCAAUACAAAGAGAAAAAUUCAUAUGACGAGAGACAGCUGGGACUCCUUGGAGGCAGCCACCAAAGUGACACUCUCGGCAAGGCUGUAGCUACUCUCCUAAAAAAACACCCUUCUCAGCUGGCUCGCAUUUGUGAGCAGCUCCAAGGACGACAGCUGCCCUGUUCACUAAGACACCAGAUUUGGUCAAUGAGAUUGCAGAGGAAAAAUGUAGACAGUAUACACUCUUCUGAAGACUUGGAAAAUGAAUUUAAAGAAAUCAGCACACAGUUUGAAGUGUCUCUUUCAUGGGGCCUGAAAGAACUUGGUGUAUCCAGCGCAGUCCACUCUCCAAUAGCUGGGGUUAUAAAACAUGCUGUUAUAGAAGCAUAUAAAUACAGACCAGGUCUACACAGUGAACUUGUAUCAGAGAUGGACAUAAAACAAGCAGUGGAUGUAUUGAAUGUAUUAUAUGUUUACAACCGGAUGUAUGAACCACAGUAUGCCUUGCUGGUGUACCCUCUGAUACUUACUUUCCAAAAUGGACACUUGGAUGUUCAAUCUGGUGGAUCAAGCCUGACCCACAAGCUUGCCAUUUCACUUCACCUGUUAAUCAAAAACUGUUUCCCAACAAGGCUAAGAAUCUUCAGUAUGGCUGAUCAUGUCUUGCAAAGACUGCAAGAGGAAGACAAGGAGCUGUGUACUCACCUUAUUAAUGAAACACGAAAGAACAUUACAUCUGACCCAAGAGAAUUUUUGCUAAACUUUAUCCACACUGAGAAAGAGAAGGCAAUGUUGGCAGAAAGAGAAGCGUUAGGAAAUUCUUUUGAGUCACUGCCUUCAGAUGCCAAGGAGCUCCUCUUUCACCCAGCUAUGUUUAUGAGAAAGUGGAUAGGGGAGGGAUUUGUAGGCAUUCUAGGAGUUCAUGCAGCAAUGAUGGUGUGGGAUCAGUGUUUCAUGUGUGAUUGGCAGCCCAGCGUGAUGGAGAACACUUGUCUUGUUGUAUUGCAACUCCUGAGGGGUCACAUCUUGGAAGCUAUAGGUCAUGCUGGGAUCAGAAGAGUUUUACUGGAUCAGCCUUCUGAAUUGUUCACUGUGGAUGUUCAACAAGGACUGUCAUAUUUGGGCAGUGGUGGAGCAUUAAGAGAUGUUGGAUCACUAAGACUACCUACGCAGCUUCCUUCACUAUCAGAACAUGAAGGAAUCAUACCAAGCCCAGAGCCAUCUGUGUUGUCAUCUCAUGGUUCAUCAGUUACCCGGCCUGCUAGUAGACACUCUACUCCAAGUACACCACUUCAAACUGAGCCUUUGGAAUUGUGGUUAGAGAGUAGAGUGACAUCAUCUUCCAUAGAAGAGACUACUAAUCACAACUCAUUUGAUGUAUACAUUGAUGAAGUCAGGUUUAUCCCUGACAAUGCUACCAUUAUCAAGGUUACUGGCCGCAUUUUGGACCCUUUUUGGGAGAAACCUAAGACUUUGAACAUUCCAGAUAUUGAGGCAUUUCCACUGCUUGAUUCAUCAGCACGGUCACCAAAAUUCCAAUAUAGGUACACUGUGAAGACUCCUCAUAGUGGCAUCACAGGGGAAGCCAUGCUGCUGCUUAGAAUCUACACCCUUGAUGUUAACAGUGGAGAACUAAUCGUUUUUGGAAACAGUAUUAUAAGGGUCUUUAUCGAAAAGGAGAAUGAUGAGUGGCAUCUAAAUUCAGGAGGACAUCAGCUGCCCCUGCGGCAUAUUCUUCCUUCCACUGUGGCCAAAUUAACAGAGGAAGCAUUUGACGGCAUAACUAAGAUUCCAGUCUGUUCGAUCCUCAUUAGGCUUUUGCCACACUCAGAGGAGUUCAUAGAAUCCCCAGGUUACUCAAGUGGAUCCUAUGCCAGUGAUCAGUGCAAACCAAAUGAUUCAGAGUGGCGUAUAUUCAGAAGGUUCCAGCACCAUGAAGCAUACCCUCCAACAGUACGAGAAGCUGUGCGCGAUGUCAAAGAAGAGGAAGCUGAACAAGAUGCUGGAGGUAUUGACUUGACCAAUAAUCAAGCUGUCACUCAGUGGUAUCAACGAAGGACAAGUAAGCAUCUACUGAUGAGGCAACCAGCCAAUCCGAUGGACCUCACCAAAGUUGUGCAGUAUUACCAAAAACAAGGUCUGUCUUUGAUGGUUGAGCAGGCAUUUGGCCUCCCAAACACCCACUUUGUGAAUGCCCUUGUACACGUAUCUCCUGGACAUGAUGUGCAACGUAAAGAAGUAACAGAAGAAGGAUAUGGUGGGGAAGAAAAGGCAUUAACAAAGCAGCAUGACUUCAACAGCUACCAGAAAUCCCCAAAGUGGAUUGACCCACCUAUAGUGUUUCACCCUUACAGAGAUGACAUGACAGCACUGGUGAUCAGGCUGUGCUCACUUGAUGCCUCCUACACCCCUAGUGUCGAUGGAUCAGGGCCAGGUUCUGUUGUGGCACCAAAGGGCAAAGAUUUGAAUAUAGUGCCAUUUGCAUGGACCAUUCUUCAACUGUUCUCAAAUGAGUAUGCAAAUGCUGGGGUUCAUUACUUACCACUCUUUGAAGGAUCACCAAGUGCUACCUUCUUGCAAUUUGUAUCCAGUCAUUCAGUGGACACUAGCUUGCGAGAAGCAAUCAAUCAAGGAGUACAUUCUUUGUUGGGCACCUCUUGCAUUGCUAUUCGCCUUUGGGAUGCACACUACUCACAAGAAGACUGUCUUCCAUUACCCCUCAAAGAAGAACUUUUAUCUCUUGGUAAACCAGAAAGAUAUAAGAAAACAAUUCAGAACAACACAGGAAAAUUAAUAUGCGAUGUAGUACUGCAGACCCUUACAAGGCAGGAACGUAAACUGGGUACAACAGGGAGCAGAUACAUGGCUGAAAAAGACCACUACGAAGAGGCUAUGAACAGCAUUUUCAUUAACCAUUUGGAUGGUGUUCUUCUACAAAGUGGUUUGGGGCCAUUGACAUGAUUGUAAAGGAAUUCAGUCAAAGAAAAAAGAGAAUCAGGCUGAACUCCACAAAGUGGUUGUACAGUGUAUUAGAUUAAAGAAGUUUAUUAAAAUUGCACAAGACAAGUAUACAGAGUAAUGCAAAGAUGCUUGUCAAUAUAAACAAAGUAAUGUCAAUGUACUAAUCACUCUUAACCUGCAUGAAAUAUUAUGCAGUCUGGCUUUGUUGCCUUGUGUUUGGUUUUUCAUCACUAUUUUGGAAGUACAAGGUGAUGUAGAGCUGUAAAUAUGAAAUCAGUUUAUUUGUAUUAAUAAUGAUCAGGGAAAAAGUAGUCUUGGUAAUAAUAUAAUGAGUGAUUAUUUCAAUAGGUACAUUUCAUUAUUUUACAGUCACUAACUGAGUUACAAGCACUAGCUUGGGUUGUCACAAUCAGACUCCUGUGCAAUGCAGGGCCUUCUUGCACUGAAUGUAUAUCCAAUAAGAUGUUCAUACCAUGGACGAGUGUAAAUUUGAAAUCUGUUUUCUGUUUUCAAACACACUUAAGUGUAUACAUUGUCUGAACAAGAUCCCCAGGCUCCUCCUCUGCAAAAUGUCAGACUUUAAAAUAUUAACUUGCAGCUAGUCUUGUCACACGACACAUAUCACUCAUAGUUUUCCACAAACAGAAAAUAAUAAGUGCUGUGUGAUGAACUAAACAUACAUGUAUGCCUUAUUUCUUCUUAUCAGUUAAAUCUGUAAGGGGAGAUGUUAUAGUCUUUAUCCAUUCUUGCAUUCUUAUGUGGCAAAAUAAUGACAUUCAGUAUAUGAGAAUACAAUUUUUACAUUCUGUCCAUUCUUUUAUGUUGCUGCACAUAGAUCCUCCAAGUUCUAUUUAUCCUUAAGACCAAGACUAGCUUGGAAAAAUGCUCCAUCACCUUGAGUAGCAGUCUGAAAUGACAAAAGAGGAACGACAACUUUCCAGUUUAAAAUCACUAAUAAAAUAACUUAAUGUACAUUGUAUAGCACUUUUUAUACUUUGUUCUGUUGAAAUGAAAUGCAAAAGUAGAAAUCCAAUGAAGGCAUUUUCUAAGAAAUGCUGGUAAUUUAUAUCCUUAAACUUGUGAGUGCACGAGUCUGGUACAUUUGGUGGAAAGUUGAGGGGUACAGACAUUUUUAGUUCUAGUCAUAGUCAGUCUUUGGUCCUUUGAUACUCCUUGGGACAUCAGAUAGUAUUAAUAUUACACACAGUACAAAGUAAUAAAAUUGUCAAACACAGCACUGAUGUCACAUGAACCCCCAAGUUGAAAUGUUGAAUCCUCAGACUUUCAGUCUUUGCUUAAGCUUCAUGUUGUAUUUGUAUAGGUAAUCAAAUGGUGACAAGUGAAAUUAAGAAAAUUAUUUCACGCA